AUGGUGGUAGAGGGUCCCUCCGAUAUGGCCGACGUGCCUUUUAAGCCGGCACUUCCCCGGAAAAGUGCUUUCUCCUGCGAGGCUUGUCGCAAGCGCAAGGUCAAGUGUAACGGAGCUAGUCCGUCAUGUUCGCGCUGCGCUGCGAGGGGCGAGGCGGCGCCGACCUUAUCCUAUACCAAACAACUGGAAGCAAGAGUUGCUCAGCUCGAAGAUGCUUUGUCUAAGCUGCGUGGUCAACAGACCGAAAUGGAGGCUCGCAAGGGUAGCUCUCCUGCUUCGGUGGCCGAGUCUAGCUCGAGUGCUGGCCGUCGAAUCAAGACGGAAAUCGACGACGCGCAGGAUCUCGCGAGGGAAUUUGAUGGAUUGAAUGUCGAAAAUGACGGUCGCAUCUCUUUCCACGGUCCAACUAGUUUGUUCCAGCUUCCUAGCGGAGUGGCUAGCGAGACCGCGUCGACGUCGCAUUACGCCCAGGAAAUCGAGGCCCGCAAGGAGCGACUAAUCAAUAGUGCCUGGCGGGAGCGGGCCUUUGAGCAGAUGGCUAUGAUGCCGCCACUGUUCAACUUCGUCUAUCGUCCUGCAUUUACACGUGAUAUGAAAAUCAACGGACCUUAUUAUUCAGAUGUCUUAAUGAACGCCGUGUUGUCUCACUCUGUACGGUGGUGCAAAGCGGAGCCUCAAGUCGGUCCGCUCCUGGACUCGUAUGAUGGUGGAGCGCUAUUCUACCAACGGGCCGUGACGGGGCUCUUCGAAUCGCUUAAAACGGGAUAUGCAGGUAUCCCAACGAUACAGAUCCUGUUGCUACUCAGUGCGCAGGAAUGUGGCCGUGGCAACCGUACACAGGCAUGGCUGUACAGUGGGAUGGCCUUCCGUAUACUAGACGAUCUUGGAAUAUCGAUCGACAGCCGGAAAUAUCCCGGAUCGGCACAUCUGAGCGAUGAAGAUAUUGAGAUCCGCAACCGACUCUUCUGGAGUUGUUAUUUCUGGGAUAAGAUUAUUUCCCUAUACUUUGGCCGCGCACCGACUAUGCAGCACUCUCGUGUCAGCCCACCGCGCAUGAUCCUCGAUGAUACAUCUGAGAUCGAAAUUUGGACUCCGCACGGCGUGACCUUCCCCGAUGGCGCACACUACCCACCCACACAGGCACACUCAACCACUUGCUUCAUUCAGAUGUGCGGGCUGGCCGAGAUUCUAAAUCAGAUCCUGGUUCAUGUUUAUGAUCCGAUGCGUCAAAGUACCGAGGCCGAGUUCUUCGACUGUGUUCAAGAACAAGCCAGAAACCUAGGCGAGUGGUGGGAUGAGCUCCCCGACUACUUGAGGCUCGUGGCAACAGACCUGCCACCGUACUCCCCGCCAAGUCAUAUCAUGACUCUUAACUGUUUAUAUCACACUGUCAAUAUUCUGCUCCACCGUCCCGUCCUCUGUUCUCGCGGUCUGUUCAAGGCCCGGCAAGAUGCUUAUGACAAGAGCCAUCUCGUCCAGUGUAUGGCAUCGGCCACGACCAUCCUAUCACUAUUCGACCUUUACCGUCGUACCUUCGGCGACAACCACGUCGUCCUCUCCCUCGCGUACAGCAUCUACACGGCAGCCUCGAUCUUCCUCCUCGAAAUUCAGGCCUUGAAAUACGCCGCACCAGGAACCCUGGACAAGCUCAAAUUCUGCAUCCUCGCCCUAGAACGAGUCAAGGUCUCCAACCCAGUCAUCACAACAGCCCUCAACCUCGUCUACCAAGAGCUCCAGAAACUCCAAAUCGACAUUCACACCCCCACGGGGGUCCGGCCCGAAAACCCUCAACCUCAACCCCAACCCCAACUUUCCCGUCCACCCCACUCAAGCCAAUCCCCGGCAAGCAACCCGUCCCGCCACGCCUCCCCAGGUACUCUUCACCAACGCCAACAAAGCAGAGCAGCAAUGAGCACCCAGGGAACACCGGCGCCAAACCCAUCAGCCUCCAUGCUACCAGGCUACCUCUUCCAACAACCUGUCAGCAACUUUGACCUCUCUCAAAUGAACGAUGUACCGCAGAUGCCACCAACACACCUCCUAGGCGGCAUGCCCAACGCCGUGAUGACGGUAGAUGACCCAGGCUCGUACGAGAUUACGCCUGAGGUAUUUGAGGCAUUCUCAUAUGCGCAGCCCAUCACGGCGAAUAUGGCGUCUUUUGAUACGAAUUGGAGUGGGGGGCGAUAA